AUGUCGGCAAUGCUGACAAAGAUCAUUGCUCACUUGGAGGAUCUUGCUUUGCAGGUGGAAUCAGCUAGGCUACGGAGAAGCAAAGUAAUGCAACAUCAAGCUUACCAACCCAUUCUGCCCUGUGCCAAUAAAUAUUUACAAUACAGAUGGGACAAAAACUGCUAUGACAUGCACAGGGACAAGGUCAAAUCUGCAAAACCAACUAUUAACGCAACUUCCCCAAAGACCUAUGACCAUCUACUUGUCAAGCUUAAGAAACAACAGCUUGAAGAAGAACGAGUUUCGAGAAUCAAAAGAGAAAAUCACAUGCUCCUAGACAAAAUGUCCCAUAUAAUGCAGACCGUUGGGGGAGUUGACAGUAAAAAUGAUUAUGUGAAGAAAAGUCUCAACAGAGACAAAAGACAGCUGGAGCUGCUCCAAAUUACUAAAGAGAAUCAGAGGAUCCUUCAGCGUUUGUCCUCCUGCAGGCCACAUUACAGCAUUCAGGUGUGGCACGAGCAGUGGUUUAAAAACCUUGAGCUCAUAGAUAGUAUAGGGAGAUACCCGCGACUAUACUCCUCACAGGGAUCCUCCUUGCCACCUAUUUUAGCAGUCAGACAUGGGACGGUACACAGUAACAGAGUAAAUAACCAGAAAACAGCAAGGAAUGCGCAUGAAGAGCCUGCUGGCAUCAGGAAUGAGGUGGCACAGCAGAAUGAGAGGGAGUGUGAUGAGAAGACAAAAUAUGAAGACAAUGUAGCAUCUGAAGAUGAAGCAUAA